AUGGUUUUCGCCCAGCUCGUUGCCCGCUCCACCUUCGGCGCUGUACGUAUCAACGCCAUACACAUCGCUAUUGGCACUCGAAUCCGGAGCUCGAUCCGUAUCGCGAUCGCAGGUGCGAGCUCUCUCCAGCUCUGCCGUCGCUUCCAAGGGUACGCAUUGGCCAUUCUUACAGCAUUCGACCUCGCAUCAGUUCGGUCGACUGACUUCUACAAUCGAUGCUAUCAAUGUUCUGCUCUUCCUUCUUCCGCAACAGACUUCAUCCAGGAGCUCUACGUCAAGGAGCUCAAGGGCUACAAGGCUCCCCCUAAGGUGAGUUCGCAGCGCCGAACACAUCACAGACCAACACUUUCCUUGAACUGUCCUGGACUGACUCUUGUACAUCCCCACGAUCCUGAACCAUUGGCAAACAAUCAGGCCGCCGACUCUCACAAGGGCCAGGUCCGCGAGUUCCAGACCCCCGCCGCACCCAAGGCACCUGCUGUCCCCUCGUCGUCGGAACUUUCCUCUCAGCUCGAGGCGUACGCCUCCUCUGAGCCUGACCACGCCGAAGCUCCCACCACUUCUUCGUCGGAAGGUGCUCUCACCGAGGGCGGCGAUGUCAACACCUACCUCCGUGAAGCUGCUGCCGACAUCAAGGUCGAGGCUCACCACUAA